UCCCGAUCCCUUUCCCGAUCCCGAUCCCGAUCCCGGCUCCCUGCCAGGCGGCGGCCGCGACGGUGGCGGCGGCCGCGGACGAGGGCGAGGGCGGGGAGCCGGGGGCCCGGGAGGAGCCCGCCGGGAUGCUGACCGACAGCCUGGUGGAGGAGUUCGAGUUGCGGGACGAGGAGCCGUGGUACGAUCAGCAGGACCUGCAGGAAGAUUUGCAGCUUGCUGCUGAGCUUGGAAAGACGUUGCUGGACCGUAACACAGAACUUGAGGAAUCUCUGCAGCAGAUGCACACGACCAAUCAGGAGCAGUUACAGGAAAUUGAGCACUUGACCAAGCAAGUGGAUCUCCUUCGGCACAUGAAUGAGCAGCAUGCCAAAGUGUAUGAACAACUGGAUAUCACAGCAAGGGAACUGGAAGAGACUAAUCUAAAGCUUGUUUCAGACAGUAAGGCCUCCCAGCAUAAGAUUCUGAGUCUGACGGAGACUAUCGAAUGCCUACAAACCCACGUUGAUGACCUCCAGAGGCAAGUAGAGGAGCUGAAGACGUCAAGUCGAGGCAAGGGAAGUCAGGAGAGAUGUGAGCAAGCUAAGUCGACGUGCAGCUUUUCGUGCCUGAAGGAAUUAUAUGACCUACGCAAGCACUUUGUCCAUGACCACGUGUUUGCAGAAAAAAUCACCUCCAUGCAAAACCACCCAAGCCCUGACGAGGAAGAAAAUGAGAACUUGAAAAAGACAGUGAUGGCACUGCAGGCCCAGUUGAGUACAGAGCGACAGAAGCGGGUGACCGUGGAAGAGGAAUACGGGCUAGUGCUGAAGGAGAACUGUGACUUAGAGCAGCAGCUGGGAGCUGCAGAAGCUUACCGGGCCCGGGCCCUAGAGCUGGAGGCCGAAGUGGCCGAAAUGCGGCAGCUGUUGCAGGCGGAAAAUCCAUAUGUGAAUGGUGUUGAGAAGCUGGUGCCCGAGUCGUUGUUCAUCUCCUUCAAAGAGCCUUUUGAGAGAGAGCCCGAUCAAAUUCUGCUCGAGGAGAUGGGCCCAGCAGGGCCAGACCUAGUAAAGAGGACCCUGAAGCGCAGCAGUAGUGAAACGAUUUUGAGCAGUGCAGCUGGAGGUGAUAUUGUCAAGGGCCACGAAGAGACUUGUAUCAGGAGGGCAGAGGCUGUGAAGCAGAGGGGAAUCUCUCUUCUGCAUGAAGUGGACGCCCAGUACAGUGCACUGAAAGUUAAGUAUGAAGAGCUGCUGAAGAAAUGCCAGCAGGAAGAGGAUACGAAACAUAAGGCAGUGCAGACCUCAAGGGGCCCCAGCAAGAACCUGAGCGGGGCGAGCUCACAGGCUGAACCGGCCUCCAGCAGCCCGGAGUCUGCUACUUCCACCAACCCCAUCACUUCCCCCACCACCUCGGCUCCUCCGGAAUACAAAGCUCUCUUUAAAGAGAUUUUUAGUUGCAUUAAAAAAACCAAGGAAGAAAUAGAUGAAAAGAGAUCAAGAUACCAGUCUCUUUCCUCUCCUUCCUAACAGAUUUGUCUGUCUUCUUAUACUAAAAAACAAAACAAAAAAAGCCAACCACUCUCCCCUGCCUCAUCCCUGGAAACAAGUAUUUGCAGAUAGGUUCCCCUGCUGGGCAGUGGCCCCUGUAAAACCCAAUAUUGCAUGUACAAUUUCUUUCCUGUUAAUUCUUCCAUCUUUGCGUAAAAAGAGCAAGGAGAGAUGGAUCAGAGCGCCUGAUGCGGAGUUAGAAAAAGUCAAUGACAUGCUGGCCUGCUUUGCUGACAAAGGCAGAGCUUAGAGGCUGGUGCACCAGUUUCUAGCUUCAAGGCAUAUGUACCUAUGGGGGAAGUUCUGAGGGUUAAACCUAGAAUAACUGGUACACGUUAACAGGCAGAGCUGGUGCAGUUAGAUCUACGUCAGGUUUCCCAAUUAUGGAUGAAGCAUAAACUACAAGAGGACUCCAGGGUGGAUUAUGUUAGUUUCUGUGAGUCAGUUUGGGAGUUUAUUCUGGAGUGCAAGGACCUGGGCAUUAUGAAUAUUACAAGUCCUCCGUUUAGCCUCUUGGUACCCAAAACUCUAAAAGGUAGAUGCAUUUGAUGUCUACCCCAACUUAAAUGUUCCAAAAUUUAGAGCACCUAGUUCCAGGUAAUAUAUUGGAAAGUUUUGUCCAACCUUUCAUGGGCUGUGAACGUAUAGAAGGGAGAAGUCUGUCAGCACAAAAUAGCUGGGGGUUGGAUGUCUGUAUUCCAGUGAUUUUCCUUAAGGUGGCCUAGGAAAGGAAAUAUCUAAUAUUAACCUUCUUUCCGUGUAAGAGGGGAAAGAACUGCAGUCACUGCAGGGGAAGGAAGAGUCAUCAAGGAUGAGAUCAUGAGCAAGUUUUCCUUUGGGGAAAUUAUUUGCUGUGGUACUGAGUCUAUCUUAAUCUGAAUUGGGGCUGGCUGGCUGAAACCAGCAGUUCUAGGUCAAUUCUUAUAAAAUUUUUGUAGAUGGUUUUUUUUUAACUCUUUACAGAAGUUGUAAAAACUCAAAUUUUGUGUCUGCUUCUCUAUUAAACAGUAUUGUUUUUCUGCUGGUGGGCAGAAUACUCACACAGCAAUUGCAUACUAGUAAUUUAAAGCUAUUUAAAAAGAACUGAAGUUCUGAACUAUUAUGAAUAUUUUUCUAAAAACCAAAUAAAGCUACUUAUAGAAAUGAAAA